AUGGUCGCCAUCAAGCACGUACUUAACAGCGCGCUCGCCGCCGCCGCGGGCAACUCUAUUGUGCCGCAGAUAGACAUCAUUCGCACGCCACUCACGCAGUGCGAUGUCUCAAACGACGCCGGCAGGCUCGACUUCACGCCGAUUAACAAUCAGAUCGCGCCUCCGUCGAACCUCACGUUCAACUUCGUCGGGCUUGGGUUCGGAGUGCAGAACUACACGUGCACGCAGAACAACAACUUUACGAAUGUCGGCGCUGUUGCCGAGCUUAUCGACGUGUCAUGUCUCAUCAACUCGACCAGGUUUGACCAGCUCCCACAGCUGAUCUUCGACUCGUGGAACACGACUGAUGAGGCUACUUCGAUCCAAGACUUCAUUGCAGCCUCCAACUCCUUCAAUCCGCCAGACAUCCUCGCACAGCACUUCUUCGUCCCCAAUCCGUCGGGGGCCGGCAGCGUCUCGCCUGAGUGGAAUUUCGAAUCGUUGGGAAACCGCAAGUUUCAAAAUCAACCCAACGCGUUCGUUGUCGCGAUAGGCAAGGCGAGCAUUCCUGCGCCGAACAAAGUGCAGGAUGUCAACUGGCUUGAUGUUGUGAACAUCGGCGGUCAGGCUGGUGGUCAGAUCGCGGACGAGGUCCUACGCACGAGCACCGUCGGCGGACAGCCACCCCCGACGUGCGAGUUCGGCCAGUCGCAAGACAUCAGCGUCAAGUACGCGUCCUUUUACGGUGCGUGCCUCCUCCCUGCAUAUCAGCUUAGGUUCCUGUCUCUAAUCAUUUCGUGCGCAGCGUUCUUCGGUGGCUCCCUCGGUGGCGCGGAGUAG